AUGAGCGUUUGCCGCCCCGCAAGAUGUCUCUUCACCAAAACAGCAUCGACGACGCUUCCUAGACCACCUCCGCAACGCUCUUUCCACGCUUCCGCACCCAGACAAGCCCGCAAGAAGAGACCGCAUUACCCGUCAAUAAAGGCCGACGACCUCAAGCUCCUCAACCAAGCGGCCGAAGCAGAGUACCCAAAGUACGACACUUCAGAGACGACACUCCUCGAGAAAAAAUACACGCCCUCGCAAAUCGCCGCCAUCAAAGCCGCAGAAUCUACAAUCGACGCACGAGAUGUCCUCACACAGGGCCAACGAAGAACGGACCCAUGGCGUCUCAACUACGAAGACGACCUCGCAGAAGUAGACCCAGUGACGGAUCGACCUGAGCGCCUAACCGGCGACGACAUCCAAGGUUCCAAAACCUUCCGUAUUGCCAACGAAGUCGAGCGCGACGAAAACAUAACCCGCAUCGCAACCGAGAACCUAGCAAAAAUGUACCCAGACGGCAUACCAGAAGACGACCCAAAACUGCAAGACGCCAUGGACGCAGCCGUCACGCAAGCCACACUGGACCCACGCGCAACCUACACGUCCAAGAACCCCGCCGCCUUGCAAGCUCUAGGAGACGAACGCCACUCCGUCAUCGCGCCCGACCUCCCCCGCGUCGAAAACCGCAUGGCCCGCCAAACACGCCGCCUCUCCACGGAAGAAGAAGAGGACCCCCGGCAGAAACGUCUCUUGCAAUAUCUCGGCUGGGAUAAGCAGAAACUGCGCAGUAUCCGUGUCAAGACAUUGGUUGUACAUGGCGUCACGAACCAGACACGUAUGGGCAAGAUAAGAAGUCUGUACUACCUUACUAUUGCAGGGAACCAAGAUGGUCUCCUAGGUGUUGGCGAGGGUAAAUCCGUAGAACCGGAAGAAGGCCGUAAGCAAAGCGUCAUGAGCGCGAUAAGAAACAUGCGUCCGGUUCCCCGCUACGAAAACAGGACGACGUUUGGAGAUUUGGAGCAGAAGGUUGGUGCGACUAAGGUCCAGCUUUUUUCUAGACCGCCAGGUUUCGGUCUCCGUGUCCAACAUCUCAUCUUUGAGCUCGCACGAGCAGCCGGCCUCCAGGAUCUUUCCGCCAAAACACCGCGUUCAAGGAAUAAAAUGAACGUUAUCAAGGCGACGUGGGAGGCGCUUACGAGUCAGAAGUUGCCGGAUGAGAUUGCCCGUGCGAGAGGCAAGAAGUUGGUGGAUGUUAGAAAGGUUUAUUACGGGGGCAGUGUACAUUAG